CGUUGCCUUCUCGCUCCUCCUCUUCUGCCUCCUGCACCGGCUUUCAACUCUAGACACUGUUCUGUACUUGCUCUCUCAGUCAAAUUAGGCAGACUCGCAGAUCUCCUUCUCCCAUCUUUCGACACUAACUCCCGGGUCCGAUCGAGUGAGAUCCACUUAUUGCGACCACAUCCCACUUCACACCUCCUCGACCGCCUUCCAUCCCACUCCAAGGAAACUCGCCGCUCUUCCCCAACAACCCACCCCUUCUCGAGCUUUCGUAUUGCGGAUCGGUGUGAGACGCAGAAUCUCAUAGAGAUACUCCGUCUUUCACAUACAUUCUAGACUCUCCCCUUCUCUACACACAGUCCUUAUCAACAAUGUGGUCCUGGUUCGGCGGAGCGGCCGCUCAGAAGCGGAAAGAUGCGCCCAAGGAGGCGAUCCUGAUGCUCCGCGAGCAGCUGGACAUGCUCCAGAAGCGCGAGAAGUAUCUCGAAAGCCAGAUGGACGAGCAGGAUGCGAUUGCGAGGAAGAACGUGACGACGAAUAAGACCGCGGCCAAAAACGCCCUGCGACGGAAGAAGAACCACGAGAAGAACCUCGAGCAGACGACCGCGCAGAUCGUACAGCUCGAACAGCAGAUCUACUCGAUCGAGGCGGCGAACAUCAACCAGGAGACUCUCAAUGCCAUGAAGGCGGCCGGUGCGGCGAUGACGCAGAUCCAUGGCUCGAUGACCAUCGACAAGGUGGAUGAGACGAUGUACGUGUAUACAUAUGUUCAUCAUGGUUGGAAGUGGCGGCGCAGCCGGGGGCUAACCAGUGGGCACUUGAAACAGGGACAAACUCCGCGAACAGCACCAACUCAGCGAGGAGAUCGCCCAGGCCAUCACAAGCAGCUCCAUCACCGAACAACCGGACGAGGCCGAUCUGGAGGCCGAGCUCGAGGGUCUGGAGCAGGAGGCGAUGGACGAGCGGAUGCUCAAGACCGGCACCGUGCCCGUGGCAGACCAGCUCAACCGGUUACCCGCCGCGGCCAACGGAGAACGUGAGUUCACUACUCCUCUACCUUCCCAGCAAGCUCAAUCUCUGGAACGUAAACAACUAAACCUCAAACCUCUAGUCAAAACCCAACCCACACACAUCGAAGAAGACGACGAGGAAGCAGAGCUGGAAAAGCUUCGCGCCGAGAUGGCCAUGGGAUAAGUGGGGAUCGGGGGGGCGCUGUGCACCCCCUCCUUCUUUGCUUUAUUCU